CACAGGCACCCCCCCCCAGGCCAAGGUUCGGGGCUGGCUCAGCACAAAGCAGGGCAGCAGAGUGUCCCAGCUGGGAUGGAGGCCGGGGACGGGAAGGAGGAGAGCCUACAGCCCAUGGCACUGAGCCGCUUCCAGCUCUCCGAGGAGUACGGCUUCCUUCUGCCCAACCCUCUGACAGAGCUGCCACCUUCCUACAGCCCUUGGAUGGACAUUGCCCAGGAGUUGCCCCAGCUGAUCGCCAGCCACCAGCUCCGUGCACGCAUCCACCAGAUGCCACAGCUGAACACUCAACACCUCCAAGGACGAGAGGAGCUGCACCUGGCUCACCUGGUGCUCAGCUUCCUCACCAUGGGCUACGUCUGGCAGGAGGGCGAGGAGGGCAGCACGAAGGUGCUGCCCUGCAACCUGGCCGUCCCCUUCUGGGAGGUGUCACAGGCCCUGGGGCUGCCCCCCAUCCUCACCCAUGCAGACUUCGUCCUGGCCAACUGGAGGAGGAAGGAUCCCAGCGGGCCCCUGGAAAUUAAGAACCUGGAGCCCAUCAUAUCACUGCCUGGGGGAGAGAGCCUGCGCGGAUUCAUCCUCGUCACACUCCUGGUGGAGAAAGCAGCUGUGCCUGGCAUCAAGGCCACCAUUCAGGCCAUUCACGCCCUCCAACACUUUGAUGAUGAGCGCCUGCACCAAGCCCUGCAAGAGCUGGCAGAAGCCAUUGGAGACAUGGACAAAGCCCUGCAGCAGAUGCACGAUUACGUGGAUCCAGCAGUAUUUUACACCGUGAUCAGGAUCUUCCUCUCUGGCUGGAGGGACAACACGGCCAUGCCCCACGGGCUGCUCUACGAAGGAGUCUCCGAGCAACCCAUGGCGUUUUCAGGAGGCAGCGCAGCACAGAGCUCCGUGCUCCACGCUUUCGAUGAGCUCCUGGGGAUUCAACACAGCCAGGAGAGCACCUCGUUCCUGCACAGGAUGAGGGACUACAUGCCGCCUCCCCACCGUGCCUUCAUCAGGGACAUCAGCCAGGCUCCCUCCCUGCGGCAGCACAUCCUCAGCUCUGCAGACCCGCGGCUCCGUGAGGCGUUCAACCACUGCAUCACAGCACUGGUGGACUUCAGGUCCCACCACAUCGCCAUCGUCACCAAGUACAUCGCUGUGGCCAAGGCCAGGGCAGGGCAGGAAGAGGCUGCUUCCAUUGGCAAGCCCCCAGUUGCACUGGAGGCCAAGGGAACCGGCGGGUCACACAUCUUCAUCUUCCUCAAGAGCGUCAGGGACAGCACCAGACAAGGGCUGAUCAGUGUCUGAUGGCACAGUGCUUGCUGCACCUUUCUGCUCGUGCAGGUCUCAGCUCACUCCUCCCCACUGCUUCCUUGCCUGCUCUGCAGCAUCUCUUCAGGAUUUCAUGAUUCCACGCUGCUCUGAAACACGAGCCUGCCUUGGGGAGGAGAGUGCUGCCAUCCAUCACCCCAAAGCACACAGGGAGCAUCAACCCAAGGCACCAGCAGGAUUGUGCCACCGAUGGCCUCUGUGACAUUGGGACUCUGCUGCAGGAAUAACACAGCCUAAUAAAGCUGCAGCUUCUAGGGACGAA